AGUUUGUACAUAAAAUCAUGCUUGAAGGGUGAUUCACCUGUACAGUAUACAUGCAAUCAGUAACUGAUUUCACUACCAAAAGCAAGUAGAGUAUUAUAGGUAGUUGCAUACUAUGGAGCUAAGCAAGUUCUAUGAGGAGUCUAAUCUCUAUGGAGACAUGACUGGAACAAGAACAGGCGAUGCCAACAAUCCUCCAAUUUCUCAGAAACGACGAGUUAAGCAGUCAAACAAAAGUGAUAAGAAAUGCACUGCAUCUCAAGUCGCUGUAAUAGCAACGUUUGCCUGCCUGGCCCUACUACUAGCUGGAGUGACAGCACUAGCGGUUUUUUCAUACAUAGAACUACGGACCCUCCGAACAGAACUUGGUGGUACAAAUAAAGAUAUUCAGCUUCAACUUGAAAACAACUACAAUAUGGACAUGCAGCAAUUUAACGAAAGUCUUGUCAAAGUUAGCCAAUUGAUGGAAUAUUUUGCAACUGAAGUGGUUGCUCUUAAUACUAAAUUAAAUAAAAGCCAAGAAAAUGUAUUUGAUGUGCGGUCGGCUUUGGAAAACAAUUUGACAUACGUUCAGGCUAACUUAACAUUACAGAUCGAGAGCUUGCAAUCAUCGAUCAGUGUAUCUAGCAAUGCAACCAUGACUCAAUUGAACAUCCUUCGGGCUGACGUGAGUGCUCUGAAUGCAGCCAAUGAAGCAACCAAUACAGCCUACAAUGACACAGUGACUCAAUUGAUCAGUCUUCAGGCUGACGUGAAUACAGUCAACAGUGACACAAUGACUCAAUUGAUCAGUCUUCAGGGUAAUAUAAACGCUUUGAAUACUACAGACAGUGUUUUCACGACUCGGCUAACUAACCUACAGGCUUCACUGAGCACAGCUAACAAUGUAACAACGAAUGAACUAAACAGCAUAAGAUCUUUAGUAAACGCUUCGAUUAUGGACAAUGAUUUAUUAAACAACCUCAAUAUGGAAACAAUGAUUGAACUGAGCAGUCUUCAGAACUCAGUAGACAAUUUGAACACAUCUGACACGGUUUUUACAACUCAACUAAACGAUCUACAGUCUUUAGUGGAAGCUCUGAAUACAACUGAUACUGCCUUAUCCACACAAUUGAGCAGUCUUAGUGCAGCCAAUAUUGCAACCACCUCUCAAUUGAACAAUCUUGAGUUGUCAGUAAACAUAAACAAUAGUGCAACAAUGGCUGAACUAAACAGCCUUAGGUACUCCGUGGAUAUUUUGAAUACGACCAACAGUGACAUAGAGACUCGACUAACCAACUUGACUUCUCUAACAACUCAAGUGAACUUUCCAUACCAGAACUGUAUCGAGGAAACAAUAAAUUGUACUACAAACCAGACGGAGCCUGCAUAUUGGAAUUUAUGCGCAACACCACUCCUAACAGUAGACAAGCCAGGACACUACACACUGAGUAUGGCCUGUAUCUAUGAACCAUCAUCAUCGUUGGACACUACCAGUACUGCUCUUCGCCAGAGUGGGUCAAGCGUACAAUGUCUUUGUUCUACAACCAACACAACAGGAAAUCAUACAUUAACAAACUUCUCUACAUUCACUUGCACACUAGUCAUCAGGAGGUGCCCCACCUCACAGAACAUUGUUUGAACAGUAUUAUAGCUAGCUGUGAUAAUUAUCUUUCAUCACCUUUUAUAUGUGCAUAUACAUGUGUAGAGAUAUUAUGAACAUUCACUUACAUUGUAA